AUGCUUUCGCGUCCAUCGGCCACAGUUGCGAAACGCUUCGCCUCAGCCGCCGCCAAAACCGCCGGAGUUCAAGAGAGAACCACCGUAUUGGAAAGUGGGCUCCGUGUGUCGAGCGUUGAGUUGAAUGGAGCCACAUCGUCCAUCGUGUUGGCUUUCCGCGCUGGAAGUCGCUACCAGCCAGCCAACAAGCAAGGACUUACCCAUCUGAUCCGCAACAGUGUAGGACGUGACGCCAACAACUAUCCAGGAUUGGCUCUUGUGUGGAACACCGCUCAGAAUGGUGGACAAUUGACCGCAGUUUCCAACCGUGACGUGUUCGCCAUUGAAGUCAACGUCGUCCGCGAUCAAUCCCCAAUUGCGCUCUCCCUCCUCGGACAACUUGGCAACAACGCCUUCAAGCCAUGGGAAGUUGAAGACGUCAAGCACGACACCCUUCCAGCCGACGCCACAUACCUCACCGGAACCACUAUCACCUUCGAACAACUCCACCAAGCCGCCUUCAGAAACGGAGGACUUGGACUUUCCAACUACAGUGUCAACAACAUCAGCGCCAAGGAUUUGACCGCUUUCGCUGAGCAAAGACUUCUCGCCGGAGACGCUGUUCUCGUUGGAGUCAACGUUGACCAUGACACCCUCGUACAAGCUGGAAGCUCCCAGUUCCCACUUGCUCAAGGAUCUGCCGCUCAGGCCGCACCAGCCAAGUACUUCGGAGGAGAGGUCCGCAAAGACGGACGUGGAGCCAGAACCUACGUUGCCAUCGCCGGAGAAGGAUCCGCUAUCACAUCCGUCAAGGAUGUUGCCACCCAAGCCGUCGUUGCUCAAAUCCUUCUGACCGCUGCCGAGAAGGUCACAUCCGAAGCCAUCUCUGUCAAUGUCAACUACCAAGACGCUGGACUUGUCGGAGUUCAAUUUGCUGCUGACAACACUAACAUCACCGCGGUCACAAAGUCUAUUGCCGCUGCUAUCAAGUCUGCUAAUGCUAACGGACUUGACACUGCCAAGAACACAGCAGCGGUUAAGGUGCUCGCCGAGGCUCAAAAUGCAUCCGGAGUCGCUUUGGAGAAGGCCACUCAAGUGCUCGCCGGAGUUGAAGCUUCCCCACGUGAUAUCGCUGACGCCAUUCGUGCUGUUACUGCUCAAGACGUUAGCCAGGCCUUGUCUCGUGUCAAUGGAAAGCUCUCCUUGUCUGCCUACGGAAGCACAUCUCUCGUCCCAUACCUUGAUGAGCUGUAA